GUGUAGAUAUUCUUCCCACGCUCCCACGCUCCCUCGCUGCCCAUGAUCGCUGUCAAUCAUUGAAAUCUAGUGACCAGCAGAUGCUGUGCGAUGCCAGUCGCUCGAAGGAGCGAGUACAGGAGGCCUCUUGCGACAGUGUCCCUUCCCUCAAGUUUGGGUUCAACGCAGGGCCGGCUAUCCGGUAUAAAAGCUCAUCGAAUGAACGAUCCUCGGUCAAUAUUUGAAUUGAGUCAGUCUUGCAUAUUAUCCUAGACGAAAGCAGAUGCGAGUCAGCGUCCCAGACAGACCCACCAUCACGGCAGCUGGAACCUACCUAGGUACCUUUCCUCCAGGCGCCCCAGUGGGUGAAUAAAAUCGGUUUACGACACCAUCCACAGUUAAAGACCGCCAGAGCCAAGGUCUCAAUCGCCAGGCUUACCCAGGAGCAGUUGUAAUCGUCUCGUCUUUGUCCCUGCUCCCUUCAGACUGAUCUCCUCACGAUGGCUGCGCGGCGAAGUCACGGCCAGAAGAAGUGCCUGCCUUGCAAGGCACGACGCAUGAAGUGCUCGGAGACACGUCCAGGAUGUGAACAGUGUUCCAACCACCGGCUGGUCAGCCAGAAUAACUCGCCCUCGUUGAUCUGGUCUGACAUUCGGAUUAAAUCUCGCCCACCCACGCCGAGCUCGUCGUCGUCGUCCACGGCAAGCGAGGACUCGGUCGACCUGAUGGCCUCCGAGCAGAAGCUCAACUUGGAGGACCUUGAGCUCAUGAUGAACUGGUGUACAGCAACAUACCGCUCGCUGGCGCGGACCAGUGCUGGUGAACGGGUCUGGCAGUCUGUCGUGCCUCGCGAGUCGCUGCGAAACCCGUUUCUGAUGCGGGGCGUGCUCGCUCUCUCGGCGCUGCACCUGGCCUUCACACACCGUGGGAAACAGCAAAAGGAGUACCUGAAAACGGCGCAGGCUCAUCAGACACACGCCCUCGGCGGCCUCACACUGGCGGGUGCCGUCAGCGAGAGAAACUGCAAUGCCACCUUUGCCCUGUCUAGCCUGAUGAUUGUGUUUUCGAUUGCCUUUCCCCUACUCGUGAGGCCGACCUCUACCCACACGUCGCUCGAUGAUCUGUGCCGAGUAUUCAGUAUCACCCGGCGGUCGAUCAAGGUGCUGAUCGAGAUCAUUCCCUGGGUCCAGGACGGUGAGAUGGGAUCUCUGACCACUCGGGAAGAGGAUCCUGCGCCGCAGAUGCCGGACACAUCCAAGCUGGCCAUUCUGUUUCUGCACAACCUCAACACCACGUUCUCGAAUCAUGAUCCCCACCACGAAACGGCCGUCUACACGGAAACCAUCCAGAUACUGGGUGAAUGUCUGGAGAAACUGCUUAGGGGCGGGGAGCCAAGUCUGAUCGCGUUCCGAUGGAUCCAUCGACUGCCUGCACGCUACCUCGACCUGCUCACAGACCGCCAGCCGCUCGCCCUGACCAUACUGGCGCACUACUGCGUGAUCCUGCAUCACCUUCGGGACCGCUGGUGGAUGGGAGACUGGGGGACCCGGAUCUUGAGGGAGAUCAGCCAAGUGCUCGGCUGCCAGUGGACGCAAUCCAUCAGCUGGGCGAUCGAUGCGACUGGAUUCGUGCCUGGGACUUAAAAUCGUCGAUGUGCCGUUGGAACCACAACGCAUCGAUAACUAUAUACACGAUAACAUCGGAUAGCCCAGGGCAGGGUAAAUAUCUUCCCUUGUUGAAAGGGUUUGGGUUAAGUCCAAGAAAGGACAGCCAGGCCCCCCUGCUCGAAUCGCACAUGAUUGGCCUUCACAGGAGUUCACCAGCGUUGGAGACUUCCAGGAUGCUUAUACAUCAUUCCCCGCCGCCAGUCUUGGGUUUGGAGGACGGGUUGAGAAGGACUAGGAUCAAGCCUCAUGAAGUUGAAUGUAGUGAUUAAAGGAUAUGAAUUCCUGGGCAUAUCCAGUUCAUUCACCAUAGAAUAGAAAUUGGGCUAAUACUUCCAAGCCUUGUCAACGCUUAUUGCUGGUCUAUUCUGUCAUCAUCACCUCAGUAAUAUAAGAGCUAUCGAAUAGCUGACCUGAUAAAAUUUACUGGUCUUAUAUGAGGACCUC